AUGGUCCGUCUGCGGGAAAUCCCAAGGACGGCCACCUUUGCCUGGUCUCCUGGUGCGGCAUCUCCAUUGAUGGCCACAGGAACCCGGGCGGGUGCCGUCGACGUUGAUUUCUCUAACAAGACUUGUCUUGAGCUUUGGGAUCUUGGUUUAGAUCGCCAGGACGCUAGCGAGGAGCUUCAACCGCUAGCUAAGAUCGAGACCGAUGCUGGCUUCAAUGACCUCGCAUGGGCUGAGUAUGACGACACAAGUCGCGGUGUUAUUGCAGGUGGUCUGGAGAAUGGUUCAUUGGAUCUGUGGAGUGCCGAUAAGCUACUUGCGGGAUCAAGUGAUUCCUUGAUGUCGAGAACCUCGAAGCACUCUGGCGCCAUCAAGGCUCUUCAAUUCAACCCUAAGCACUCCAACCUCCUGGCCACCGGUGGCGCGAAAGGCGAGCUCUUCCUCUCCGAUCUGAACAACCUCGAGAACCCCUUCCGAUUGGGCAACAAUGCGGCCCGAACAGAUGAUAUUGAGUGCUUGGAUUGGAACAAGAAGGUUGCUCACAUCCUGGUCACUGGUAGCAGUGCUGGAUUUGUGACUGUGUGGGAUGUCAAGACCAAGAAGGAGAGCUUGACUCUCAACAACAUCGGCCGUAAGGCUGUCAGCGCAGUCGCCUGGGACCCCGAGAGACCUACCAAGCUGAUUACCUCCACUCCUUUGGCGGAUGAUCCUAUGAUCUAUGUAUGGGAUCUGCGCAACUCUCACGCCCCCGAACGCACUUUGAAGGGCCACGAAUCCGGUGUUCUUUCGCUCUCUUGGUGUGACCACGACCCGGACCUUCUCCUUUCCUCCGGUAAGGAUAACCGUAACAUUUGCUGGAACCCGCAAACCGGUGAGGCCUACGGUGAAUUCCCCGUUGUCACCAACUGGACCUUCCAGACACGCUGGAACCCUCAUAACCCCAACUUCUUCGCGACCGCCUCAUUCGACGGAAAGAUUUCUAUCCAGACGCUUCAAAACACCAAGACAGACAGUGCACAGGCCAUUGAUGACCACAACCAGACUCUCGAUGGCGAGGACUUCUUCGCUAAGGCUCAGACUCAGCCCCAGAUCUCUAAGUUCUCUCUUCCCAAGCCCCCACGUUGGAUGGAGCGCCCCUGUGGUGCUUCAUUUGGUUUUGGCGGCCGUGUUGUUUCCAUUGGUCUUUCUGAGAAGGGCUCGCGCGCUUCUAAGGUUAAGAUUACUCCAUUUGAGGUUGAUGAAAGUGUUGGCAAUGCUACCGAGAGCUUCGAGACUGCUCUCAAGGAGGGUGAUCUUCGAACUCUCUGCGAGACCCGUGCCUCCGGUGCCUCAAAUGAGGAGGAGAAGGCUGAUUGGAAGGUCAUCGAGGCUCUGCUCUCUGAGAACCCUCGCAAGGGCCUUGUGGAGUACCUAGGUUUCCAGGAUCAGUCUACUGACGAGGUUGCCGACACCCUGUCUAAGCUUGGAUUGGACAAGAAGGAGGACGAGGAGACCAACGGUGCUAUCGAAAAGCCCAAAUCCUCAGUAAAGAAGCACAAGCGUCUUCAGUCUAUGUUUGAUGCUACCCCUGACAGUGACUUCCUGUCAGAUCUCGCUGCAUCCAAGGGUGCCCGGACCAAUAACCCGUUCCAAAUCUUCAAUGGCUCGGAAAGCGAAGCUGAGCAGAAGAUCACUCGGUCAUUGCUGCUCGGUGAAUUUGACAAGGCUCUUGAUGUCGCCCUCCAAGAGGACCGUAUGUCUGAUGCCUUCAUGAUCGCUAUUUGCGGUGGUCAGAAGUGCAUUGAAAAGGCUCAGGAAUACUAUUUCUCUAAGCAGACCGGUGGUCCCAACUACAUGCGCCUGCUUGCUUCCAUUGUGGGCAAGAACCUGUGGGAUGUUGUCCACAAUGCUGAUCUCUCCAACUGGAAGGAGGUUAUGGCGGCGUUGUGCACCUUCGCUGACCAGAAGGAGUUCCCUGAUCUUUGUGACGCCCUCGGAGACCGUCUUGAAGAGCAGGUUCAGGCCACAGAUGACAAGAGCGCUCGCAAGGAUGCUUCAUUCUGUUACCUUGCUGGUUCCAAGCUGGAGAAGGUCGUAGCUAUUUGGGUUGAGGAGUUGCGAGAGAACGAGCAGACGGGUAUCGAGAGUGAUGCGAGCAGCUCUACCUUCUCCAUUCACGUCCGUGCGUUGCAAGGCCUGAUCGAGAAGGUUACUAUCUUCCGACAGGUCACAAACUUCCAGGACACUGAACGAACCAAGGAUUCAGACUGGCGCUUGGGAACCCUGUAUGAGAAGUACAUUGAGUAUGCAGACGUUGUGGCUACCCACGGCCGUCUCCAAGUUGCUCAGAAGUACCUCGAUCUUGUUCCUGAGAAGCACCCCGAAGCCGAGGUGGCUCGUAACCGCAUUAGACUCGCCAUGAGACAAGCUCCACAGAAGGCUCAGGCUGCUGCCACCUCAAGGGCCAGCUUCAAGCCCCUUCCCCAGCAGCCGAAUGUUUACUCUCCUCAACAAACAUUCACCCCUGCUGCUGCUCCUGCUGUUGCUGCGCAGAAUGCUUACGCUCCUACUCAGUCACCGAUCAAUGCCUAUGCUCCUCCAAGCGCAGCUCCUGCUGUCCAGGCACCGAUUAACCCAUAUGCCCCCCCCCAGCUGCCGCCCCAUCGCAGCCGACUAACCCCUAUGCUGCAAUUUCCGGUGGCAGUGGUUACACGCCUGCAGGCUAUCAGCCAUCCCAGGCCCGCAUUUGGUGCACAGCCUGCAGUUACUGGUGUGCCGCCUCCCCCGCGUGCCUCUAACCAGUCGCCUGCCAACACCAUCACCACCUACACAACUGCCACUGGACUCCCUGCAUGGAAUGACCUGCCAGAGGGCUUUGCUAAGCCUGUCUCUCGUCGCGGUACCCCAGCUGCUGCUCCCGCUGCCAUCAGCUCUCCAUUCCCCAACCAGUCUCCUCUUUUCGCUCAGGGUCCUCCGCCGGCGGGUGGCCCACGCGCACCAUCUGUGCCCCCUCCACCUAAGGCUGGUGCUCUUCCCCAGCGUGUAACAUCGCCCUUGGCCUCAAAUGUUGCUCCUGGUCCUUCCCCGCCUCCCCCGGUCAAUCCAUAUGCCUCCCUCCCUGGAUCACCGCCCGUGUCUCACAUGGCCCCUCCUGCGUCUAUUCCUCGGGGACCCUCGCCUUACAAUGCCCCUCCGAGCAUGCCACCUCCAUCAAACCGGUAUGCCCCCUAG